GGGGUCCUAACUACUAAAGAUACCAGCAAGAAAAAGUCAACCGUCCAUCCGAAACUACCUUAUGUUAUUUUUGCAUAAUUUGAAGAAUGCCUGCUGAACGCAAAAAGUCAGUAAACAUGGAUGAGAAAGAGACGGGUUCCUUCAGCAACAAAGAGAGGGAGAAAGACAGAGAUGGAGACAGACGACCCAGUUCCUCCCGAGAGGGCAAGGGCAAGGAUGACAACAAAGUGAGUGGCAAGAAAGAUGGCAGCAAGUCUGCUGAUGAAAAGAAGCGAAGACUCGAAGAGGAGAAGAGAAAGAAGGAAGAAAAGGAACGCAAGAAGAAAGAAGAAGAAAAACAAAGGGCUGAAGAAGAGCAGAAGAGGAAAAUGGAAGAAGAGAGAAGACAGCAGGAGGAACAAGAAAAAAAACUCCUAGAGGAGGAAGCUAAACGCCAAAAGGAAGAGGAGGCUGCUCAGCUCAAGGAAAAGGAGGAAGCUCAGCAGUUGCACCAGGAGGCAUGGGAAAGGCACCAGACCAGAAAGGAGCUGCGAGGAAAGAACCAGCACGCACAUGAAAGUCGCCCAGAGGAAGCUUUCUUUAGUCGACUGGACUCCAGCCUCAAAAAGAACACAGCUUUUGUCAAGAAGCUUCGCACACUAACAGAACAGCAGCGAGACUCUCUCUCACAUGACUUUGCCUCCCUCAACCUCAGCAAGUACAUUGGUGAGGCUGUCAGCUCUCUGGUUGAGGCCAAGCUGAAGAUCUCGGAUGUAGGCUGUGCUGUGCACCUUUGUUCCCUGUUCCACCAGCGUUAUGCAGACUUCGCCCCACUCCUGUUAGCUACCUGGAAGAGGCACUUUGAGGCUCGUAAGGAGGAGAAGGCCCCAAAUGUGAGCAAGCUGCGUACAGACCUGCGUUUCAUUGCUGAGCUCACCAUAGUGGGCCUCUUCACUGAUAAAGAGGGGCUCUCGCUCAUCUACGAGCAGCUGAAGAACAUCAUCAGUGCUGAUCGUGAGACUCACACUCAUGUUUCAGUGGUGAUCAGCUUCUGUAAGCAUUGUGGCGACGACAUUGCUGGGUUGGUGCCUCGCAGGGUGAAAAGUGCAGCUGAGAAGUUCAUUUUGGCGUUCCCUCCCAGUGAGAUUAUCAGCACUGAGAAACAGCAGCCCUUCCAGAACUUGCUCAGAGAGUAUUUCACUUCUCUCACCAAACACCUGAAGAAAGAUCACAGAGAGUUGCAAAACAUUGAAAGACAAAACAGGCGUAUCCUGCACUCUAAAGGAGAAUUGAGUGAGGACAGGCACAAGCAGUAUGAGGAGUUUGCAACAUGCUAUCAGAAACUGCUAGCUAAUACUCAGUCUCUUGCUGAUCUACUGGAUGAGAACAUGCCUGAGCUGCCUCAGGAUAAGACUGUUCAGGAAGAACAUGGCCCAGGCAUUGAUAUCUUCACACCGGGGAAGCCAGGAGACUAUGAGCUUGAUGGGGGAAUCUGGGAGGACGAGGAUGCACGUAACUUUUAUGAAAACUUGGUGGACCUGAAGGCCUUUGUGCCUGCCAUCCUGUUUAAGGAUAAUGAGAAAGCCAGCCAGGGCAAAGACAAGGAAGAGAACAAAGAGCCUAAGGAGGGACGUGAGGGGAAAGAGGCGAGCAGCACUGAGGAGCUGGAGCUGGAGCUGGAGGCUCUGGACAUCGCCGAUGAUCCUCUGGAGUUGGAAGCUGCUGAUGAGGCAGAGAGUGAAGAACUGGCUAAGAAACUGCUGGAUGAGCAAGAACAAGAAGAUGAGGAAGCCAGCACUGGUUCUCAUCUUAAACUCAUAGUUGAUGCCUUCAUUCAGCAGCUUCCCAACUGUGUCAACAGAGACCUGAUUGACAAGGCUGCGAUGGACUUCUGUAUGAAUAUGAACACCAAGUCCAACCGGAGGAAGCUGGUCCGUGCUCUCUUCACUGUUCCCAGGCAAAGGCUGGAUCUGUUGCCAUUCUACUCGCGGCUGGUGGCCACUCUGCACCCCUGCAUGUCUGAUGUUGCAGAGGACCUCUGCUCCAUGCUCAAAGGAGACUUCAGAUUUCAUGUUCGAAAGAAGGACCAAAUCAACAUUGAGACCAAGAAUAAGACAGUGAGGUUUAUUGGGGAGCUUGCCAAGUUUAAAAUGUUUUCAAAAACAGACACUCUGCAUUGCCUGAAAAUGCUCUUGUCUGAUUUCUCUCAUCAUCAUAUUGAAAUGGCAUGCACUUUGUUGGAGACAUGCGGACGCUUCCUCUUCAGAUCUCCUGAAUCUCAUCUGCGUACCAGCGUGCUACUGGAGCAAAUGAUGCGCAAAAAGCAGGCACAGCAUUUGGAUGCUCGAUAUGUGACCAUGGUGGAGAAUGCAUAUUACUACUGCAACCCACCACCAAUGGAGAAGACUGUCCGGAAGAAGAGGCCUCCACUACAGGAGUAUAUCCGCAAACUGCUCUACAAAGAUCUGUCUAAGGUUACUACUGAAAAGGUUUUGAGGCAAAUGCGCAAGUUGCCCUGGCAGGAUCCUGAAAUGAAGAGUUAUCUGAUCUGUUGCAUGGUGAACAUUUGGAAUGUGAAGUACAACAGCAUUCAUUGUGUGGCUAACUUGCUGGCUGGUCUAGUCGCAUACCAGGAGGAUGUGGGUAUACAUGUAGUGGAUGGGGUCCUGGAGGACAUCCGCCUUGGCAUGGAGGUGAAUCAGCCAAAGUUUAACCAGCGGCGUAUCAGCAGUGCCAAGUUCCUGGGAGAGCUGUACAACUACCGCAUGGUUGAGUCUGCCGUCAUCUUCCGCACUCUUUUCUCCUUCAUCUCGUUUGGCGUGAAUCCUGACGGCUCCCCAAGUCCACUGGACCCUCCUGAGCACCUGUUCCGCAUUCGCCUGGUCUGCACCCUGCUGGACACCUGUGGCCAGUACUUCGACCGUGGCUCCAGCAAGCGGAAGCUUGACUGCUUCCUCAUCUACUUUCAGAGGUACAUUUGGUGGAAGAAGAGUUUGGAGGUGUGGACUAAAGAUCAUCCUUUUCCUAUUGAUAUUGACUACAUGAUAAGUGACAUGCUGGAGCUACUGAGGCCCAAAAUGCACCUCUGCAGCUCAUUGGAAGAGGCCUGCCGUCAGGUCACUGAACUAGAGAGAGAAGUCCUCGUCAAACUUGGUUUAGCUACACAGAAGGAUGGUCGUUGCUCCAGUGCCAUGGGAGAGGGGGAGGCUCUGGAUGAGGAAGACGAGGAUGAUGAUGAUGAAGGGGGAGCAGAGACAGAGGAGCAGUCUGGAAACGAAAGCGAAAUGAAUGAACCAGAGGAAGAGGAAGGCUCGGAGAAUGAGGAUGAGGAACAGGAAGAAGAGGAAGAGAACACAGACUACUUGACUGACUCCAACAAAGAGAAUGAGACAGACGAGGAGAACAAUGAGGUGCUGAUUCGGGGUGGAGGGCUAAAGCACGUGGCCUGUGCCGAGGAUGAUGACUUUAUUCAGGCUCUGGACAAGAUGAUGUUGGAGAACCUUCAGCAACGCAGCGGGGAGGCAGUGAAGGUGCACCAGCUCGAUGUUGCUAUUCCAUUGCAGCUGAAGAGCCAGCUAAAGAAAGGCCCUGCCCCUUCCUGCACAGCAGAUGCAGACACAGACAUCAGUGACACCAUGCAGUUUGUCAUGCUGACCAGGAAAGGCAACAAGCAGCAGUUUAAGAUCCUCAACGUACCGCUGUCCUCUCACCUGGCCGCCAACCACUUCAACCAGCAGCAGGCAGAGCAAGAGGAGCGCAUGCGAAUGAAGAAACUCACCCUAGACAUCAACGAGCGACAGGAACAGGAGGACUACCAGGAGAUGAUGCAGUCACUGGCUCAGAGACCUGCACCUGCUAACACAAACCGAGAGCGUCGGCCACGGUAUCAGCACCCUAAAGGGGCUCCCAAUGCAGACCUUAUAUUCAAGACUGGAGGGAGGAGACGCUGAGUGAGUGUGCGAGAGAUCACGAGAAGGAGAGAGAGAAACGGAACGUGAGAGCAUGGUGCAAUGGCCUUCCCUGCAGAGACGGGGAGGCGUACCAGCAACAGACAGACCUACAGACUCCAACCUCACUACAGCCACCAGAGAGGAGAGCAAAAGGAGGAAGGCGGGCACCAUCAGCUCUAGAGCUGGAGAAUUCAUGACCAGUACAGCUCAUACAGAGGAACAAGUGCACACACAGAUAUGAACAGACACACAUUCAAACCAUGAAAUGGACAGAUGGGCUCCAGAGUGCAGACUGUGUGAGACUGUUCAUGGAGGGUCAGUGUGAAAAGAGUUUAGUGGUUUCUUCUCAAAAUUGAUGCUGGAUAAGGAGCUCUUUCCUUCUAGCACUGUUACAUACGACACAGCACAAGCCAUCCUCCACAUGUCGCAGUGACGAGGAGGAACGUUUUCUCGGCUUGGAACCAUCUUCACAGGUGAAGCAUGAGAAGCCAGGAAACUGGGCCAUUUGUGCAAAAAAUGAAGGAACAAACUUAGUUCAUAAAGGCAGCUUGAGAGAUGAUGAGGGAGAGUACUGUGGAAUGUGCCCUCUUCCUCAGCAGAGGAGGUGUUAAAUGGAGGGAUACAUUUAUUUUUCAUCUGAAUCAAACUUUUGCACUCCCUGAGCUGUCUAUUUCUUUUCUCUUUAUGCUGUAUAUCAGCAUUUGACAAAUGAACAAGUGCUUUCUCUGAAACAUGAGAUUAAUGACUAACAGGUUUCUUUGUGAUUGUUUUCUCUCAGCUCAAUAUCUUAUAUUAUCUCAGUAUGACCAUGUGCUUACAGUCGGCCUUGGCCACAACACAAGCUGUAUGUCAGUGAAUGAUUGAUUAUAUUGCAGUAAAGUGAUUUAAUUGCUGAA